CCACCUCGCAUCUGCGCUUCGUGUCUUCCCUUUCCAAUGAACUGAUUCUCUGCUUGUCUUCCUUUUUCCACCACAGUAACCAUUCCAUUCAUUCCCUCUCUGGUGCUCUCCUGGUCCUUACCGACUCCUUCCGUGGCCCCCCUCCUUUUCCUUUCGCUGUUCCUGUUUCCACAUUCGUUUCCCAUAAACAUCUCCUAGUCUCCUGCGACCAUGGCCAUUCUGAAGGACCUGUAUCAGAGAUUCCUGGGUGGGCCCAGGCCUGCUGCCAUGGCUCCGGAUGUCUCCGUGAGCUACAUCACCACCACGACCAAGUUUGAGGGUGCCGACGCCGUGCUCUCUCACCUCACCAAGCAAGAUAAUGUUGUCAAGCGCAAGUCGGAACAGGUCAUUGCUGGCAUCGAAGGUGACAACUCCGUGUGUGUGGACGUCGAGACCACUUUGGAGUUUGUCUCUGGUGGGGGUGCCUACCUCCCCUCGAUGGACGAUAAUUUCCUGGCCGACCGCGUCGCGACUUUCCCCACGCUCCAUAUCGUUCAUUUCAACUCCCAGAACCAAAUCCAGCAGAUCAGAAUCUAUUGGGACCAGGCGUCGCUACUGAAACAAGUCGAGGUGAUCGGUGCCCGUGGUCGCGGCUGGCCCAUUCGGGAGGCGAAAGAACAGACGCGAUUCAUCAAAUCGGCCGCGUCGGCGGCUGCUGCCCCUAAGCGGCGCGCAAACCAGAGUAACGAUGAGCCGGAAAACGGCGAUGAGCGUAGCAAACGUGCCUCCCCCGGAAAGAAACACAUCAAGGACCCCCACGCAGCCGGGUCCCUGUACGAAUUGCUGUCGCCCGAAAAGGAUCGCGCCGAACCCGUACGCGCUCCUCGAGCCCCUGCCUCCGCGAAGCCUCCGCCGCGUGAAUAUAGCGAACUCUUCGUGGGCGCUGACGACAAUGCCGACGAUGAGGAUGCCCCCGACGCGACACCUUCCAAGCCAACGAAAUUUGCCCCCAAAGCUGGCGCAGGUAAGAACUUCCGGGCCUCGCGCAUCUUCGAUGAUGACGAGACUGUCGCGGCCGAAGACAGCCACCGACAGAUCGCCUACCGCGCCAAUCCCAAGCGAUUCGAUCAUUUUGAGAUCGGCGGAGACAACAGCCGUCGUGAGAUUCAGGAAGUGCCUUCACGCCCGGGCUCUCGCCAUGUGCCCCACUGGGAAUUCGAUGACUUUGCGACGCCUGAGAAGCCUAAGCGCCAGCCUCGUGGCGAAGAAAUCCGUCAUUUCGGCUGGAGCGACGACGAGCCUGAGCCUACUCCCGUGUUUCAAAAACAUGUGUCCCAGCCUCGCCGUGAUGCGGAAACCCACUUCAGCAUGACCGACCAAGACGAGGAGACGAGCGGACCCCGCUACAUCAGAGCCUACGGAAACAAAGGCAUGUCUCUCUACAAGAACCAUCUGUUUGACGACGCAGCCGAGGAAAAGUCCAACGAAAAUGCCCCGCUUUCAUCGGCGCACAACGGCCCCAACCGUCGGGAAUUCGAGAGUCACUGGACCGCCGCGGAUGAGUCCCCUGCCGACGGAAAGUCCAAUGAAAACAAGAAGCCCGUGGGCGCUGAUCGCCAGAAGGCACUCAAGAACAUGGAAUCGCAAUGGGAAGCCUACGAUGAGUCCCCUCAGCCCAGCAAGUUCGUGCGUCCGCCUCCGCAGCGUCGUGCUAUACGGAAGGUCAAUGAGAGAAGCUGGGGUUUGGGCGACGAAUAAGAAUAUAACCCCAUAACUGAUUGGUUCUAGCUGAACAUGGAUCCCACAUGAUGUUUUACGCACCAUUUAGCAUUAGACGAAGCUAGCCUCAUGACACCUUCAACUAACCUACCCGUGUACAGUGAUAUUGUGAGCGUGCAAUGGCCAAUACUGUAUGGAGCUUUUGAUUUUCGAACUGUCUAUUUCCUCAGCCUUAUCUAUGGCUUUUAUUUCGUUUCCUUGUAUCAUUUCCCUAUCUCUUACAUCUUUCUCGUUCGAAAGCUCUGAUAUCUGAACCGGUACUGAGUACUGGAUUGUGUAUGAAUCCGUACAAAUCAAAUGAUAAUGAAGCACGCUUUACUGUGAUGUCAUAUAUUACUUGAUAGAUGUUAGGAAAGAG